CAGAACAGCGAGUGACCUCGACCGGAGAAGGAGAAGAGCUCGACCUUGUAAAAUUAUCGGCAAAAUCCGGCGAAGUUUCUCUGCUGCAACUUCUCCAUGGCGACUUCUUCACUCUCCAAUCUCUCUGCUCCGCCGUCGUUGGCCAUCGACAGUUCAAAGUCGUUCUUCAUCUGCGGUACCCAGCUUUCCUUCCCUUCCUCUCGUUCAAGAACUACAUGUCGUAGAUACUUUCUAUCUCCCUCCGCCAAAAAUUCGUCAAUGGACCAUAUUCCCAAGAAGUUCAGAGGCGAAAAUCUUAAAGAUGGCUUGAUGGAGAACUACAAGAAUGCUCCCCAAUAUCUUUAUGGCCUUACACCUUCACAAAUGGACAUGUUCAUGACAGAAGAUAAUCCCAUCCGACGUCAGUCAGAAUUAGUUACUGAGGAAAACAUCUCAUCAUCCCACAACUACUUGAAUCAUGGAGGAAUGUGGAGUCUAUCAGGCAUGAAUGAUAAAGGUCCUUCAAAAUAUAGUAUGAGCGUUAGUAUGUAUCGUGGGGGUGGGAGAGGAUCUGGACGACCUCGAACAGCUCCUCCUGAUUUGCCUUCUUUGCUCCUAGAUGCUCGUAUAUGCUAUUUGGGCAUGCCAAUUGUACCUGCCGUGACUGAGCUUCUUGUUGCUCAGUUUAUGUGGCUUGAUUAUGAUAACCCAUCAAAGCCUAUUUAUCUCUACAUUAACUCUUCUGGGACACAGAAUGAGAAGAUGGAGACUGUUGGAUCUGAAACUGAAGCAUAUGCUAUAGCAGAUAUGAUGGCUUACUGCAAAUCAGAUGUGUAUACUGUCAACUGCGGGAUGGCAUACGGUCAAGCAGCAAUGCUUUUAUCACUUGGAACCAAGGGUUACCGGGCUGUUCAGCCUAACUCCUCCACUAAACUGUAUCUUCCAAAAGUUAAUAGAUCAAGUGGUGCGGUCAUAGAUAUGUGGAUUAAGGCCAAGGAACUCGAUGCCAACACCGAGUAUUACAUCGAGCUAUUGGCUAAAGGAAUCGGUAAACCCAAGGAAGAGAUCACUAAAGAUGUCCAACGACCAAAAUACUUUCAAGCACAAGAAGCUGUUGACUACGGUCUUGCAGACAAGAUAAUUGACUCGCAGGAUUCCGCGUUUGAAAAGAGGAAUUAUGACGAGAUGCUUGCGCAGUCGAGAGCUAUGAGGAAAGGAGUAGGAGGCAAUCCACAAGCGGCCCCAUCUGGGUUCAGGUAAACAGAGGUAAGUAGUCUAGAAGUGUACAAAUAGAAGGUUACAUAGCCCUACUCUUUGAUGGCUACAACCCCAGGGAAGCUUUUAUAUUAUUUCUUUUUUUCUUGAAACUUCUGGUAUAAACUUCUGAAGCACUUGAUAAAUGAUGACCACAACUAAUAUAGUUUUAGUACAUUGAAAGGCUCUCUCUCGUUCAUGUUCAA